AUGGCUGUCGGUGGCGACAAGAAGGCUGUCCAUUUUGGAGCUGGCAACAUCGGCCGAGGCUUCGUUGCCUGCUUCCUCCACAACUCUGGCUACGAGGUCGUCUUUGCCGAUGUUGUUGACUCUCUCAUUGACAAGAUCAACUCAACACCCUCAUACAAGGUCAUUGAGGUCGGCUCAGAGGACACCACCGAGAACACCAUCACCAACUACCGCGCCAUCAACUCCAAGACUCAUGAGGAGGAAUUGAUCAAUGAGAUCGCCACCGCCGAGGUCGUCACCUGCUCAGUUGGCCCGAAUAUUCUGAAGUUUAUUGCUCCCGUCAUCGCCAAGGGCAUCGACCGCCGCUCCAAAGAUGAUGCUCCGCUGCAUGUUAUUGCUUGCGAAAACGCUAUUGGAGCUACCGACACUCUUGCCAAGCAUAUAAAAGACCCUGCCAACACCGCUCCCGAGCGUCUCGAGGACCACCAUCUCCGAGCCCGCUAUGCCAACUCUGCCAUAGACAGAAUUGUGCCUGCUCAGGAUCCCAACGCUGGUCUUGAUGUCACCCUUGAGAAGUUCUUCGAGUGGGUAGUCGACAAGACCCCUUUCGAGGAUGUUGGCAUCCCCUCAAUUGAGGGUAUCAACUGGGUGGACAACCUGGCGCCGUUCAUCGAACGCAAGUUGUACACUGUAAAUACGGGACACGCCACUGCCGCCUACCAUGGCUAUAACCGAAGAAAGCGCACCGUCUACGAUGCCUUGCAAGAUCGAGUCAUCAUGGCCGAAGUACGUGGCGCGCUGAUGGAGACCAAGAACCUCAUUGUCUCCAAGCAUGAAUUUGGUGAAGAUGACCAAGCUGCCUACGUUGAAAAGAUUAUCAAACGUAUCGGCAACCCUCAUUUGGAGGACGCCGUGGAGCGUGUAGGCCGUGCCCCUCUGCGAAAGCUUUCUCGAAAGGAGCGCUUCAUAGGGCCUGCGGCCGAGCUCGCUGAGCGUGACCAACCCAUCAAAUUCCUCCUUGACGCUAUCGAGAUGUGCUUCCGCUUCCAGAACGUCGAAGAAGACGAAGAAUCCAAGGAGCUGGCCAAGAUCAUGUCUGAGGACAGCCCCAACGAGAUUGUCAGCAAGGUUUGCGGCAUCCAAACUAGUGACAAGAUUUAUCCCUCGCUGGUCUCCAUUGUUCAGCGUGUUCAAGAAGACAGCCGCGAAGAUUGA